UUAGGAUACCUUGUUAUAUUCAUCGAAAGGCUUUGAACAGCAUCAUUUUUUACAGCUAUAAGAAUCACAUUUAUGCGAAUUCUAAUUAACGGUAAAAACUGAUUGACUUUGUAUAACAAAAAUUACUUAUUUCUUUAUUAGGAUUUCGAUUUUUGUGACGUAAAAUAUAUAGUCAUGGGCGUGGAUGUGGAAGUUCUUUCUCCUGGAGACGGCCAGACAUAUCCGAAAACUGGACAGACUGUAGUUGUUCAUUAUACAGGUACUCUUGACAAUGGAAAAAAAUUUGAUUCAAGCAGGGACCGUGGGGUACCAUUUAAAUUUAAAAUAGGUAAAGGAGAAGUUAUUAAAGGUUGGGACCAAGGAGUUGCUAAAAUGUGUGUUGGAGAACGUGCUAGGUUAACUUGUUCACCAGAUUUUGCCUAUGGUAGUCGAGGACAUCCUGGAGUUAUUCCUCCAAAUGCUGUUCUCAUCUUUGAUGUGGAAUUAUUGAAGGUGGAGCCUUGAAGUGUUUUUCAAGUAUAUCAAAUUGACCGCACACAUCGGAAUCACAGAUAAUUAAAUGCUUCAAAUUAUAUUAUGUUAAAUAGUCAUUGCACGAGAGUGUAUGUCUCGUAUAUUAAUUUAAUUGCUCGUAAAAACAAAAAAAAAAUAUUAAGAUUUUAAUUCAUUUCAUUAUUGCAUAGUUAUAUAAAUUAUAAAUUAAAGUUAAAAAUCUCAGAAAUCAUCAAUGACCAAUUAUAUGAUGUGAGAUAUUAAAAUAUUUUUUUCACACUUUUAUGUCAUAAUUGAAUUAAAAUUUAUACUAUUCAUUUUGAGACUACUUCCUAUAUUAUGAGUAAUUGAAUUAAAAUAAAUUUUGAAGCAUUCAAAUUAUAAUUCGAAUAAUCUGUGUUCAUUCCAAUUACUUAGUACUUGAUAAACAAUCACCUGGAUAUUUUGUACAAAAUCUUUCAAUGAUGCAAAAAGAAAUACUGUAAUAAUGGUAAUGUAAUAGUAUGAACAUUUACACAGAAAUAUUCAAUAAAAAAAAAACUGUCUUGUCUUCAAA